AUGGGCUCCAGCAGAGUUGGUAGAGUUUCAGUUGUUCUUCUACUGCUCAUCGUCGUUUUGGUUUGCGCCGCAGGAGGCAGGGGUCUGGCCGAAGAAAAGAUUCAGAAGGACCAUCGCAACGCUGCACACAAGGAGGGAACGACAGCUCUAGGCAGUCAUCCAAGGAACCUCAUGGUGAAGACGAAUGACUACGGCCGCUACGACCCGACUCCAGCGUUCUCCAGGCCUCGCUUCAAGCCUAUACCUCACUGA